UUCUCUCUCUCUCUCUCUCUCUCUCUCUCUCUCCAUCUCUAGAUAUAUAUCGCAUAUCAAUCCUCAACAGUACUUUGUAUUUUUCUGUGUGUGUAAUAUAAGUUGCCACAUCAAAGUCCCCCUUUCACUCUUUCAAGUUCACACCUCCCAUUUACCAUUCCUCUCUCUCUCUCUCUCUCUGUUUGUAUAUAUAUAUUCCACCACCACAAUUCUCUCUCUGUACCACAAUAGCUACUAACUAGCAACGAUGUCCAAAUUUACCACCCUGCUCAUAUUAGCCCUCCUCCUCUGCUCCACACUAUCCUGCACCGCCCGCCGGGAGCCACUUCCCCUAGAGGGCACUUUGGUGAAAACCCAACAAAGGGGUGAUGAAGCUCGUGAGCAUGGUGAGGUGGGGGAUGAGAGCUGUGUAGGAGUUGGAGAAGAAGAGUGUUUGAUGAGGAGGACUCUGGCAGCUCACGUUGACUACAUCUACACCCAGAAGCAGAAUCCAUAGGAUUAUAUAUAUAUAUAUAUAUAUAUAUAUAUAUAUAUAUAUAUAUAUAUAUAUAUAUAUAUAUAUAUAUAUAAUACUGUACUACUUUGUUAUUCAUUACCAUUAGUUUAUCUGGCAGUAGAGAAUAUAGUACCAGCUGGUAGAAUUGGUAGAAUUAGCAGGUGGUUUCGGUGGUCUCGGGCACUGUCACGAGGUGCCUCGACAACUUUAUCCGCUACUUUCUGUGAGGCCCAAUAGUAAGCGCACUAGCCGCAUAUAAAUGUGUAAUAGUGGAUAAGAGCUAGUGUUCCUUAUGCAAGACCACCAAAUAAUUUUCCGUUUCGGUCACGAAACAUUUGCCGCUAGCUUUGAUGAUUGUUUCUUGAUCACGAACGAGAUUUAACAGUCAUAUAUAAUUUGAUUAAUUAUGGUCUUGCGAUAGGUUCUGUUUUAUGUAUACAUACAGUGUGGAGUCGUAUUUAUGUGACAUCUUUCUUGUACUAAUGUACUCUUGACUUCAUGAGUCAUAAUAUUAUUGAAGCUUUAUUCAUUACUUUA